AAAAAGUUCAUAGCCCAUCAAGGGUUUUGGGUAAAAAUAUUUGGGUUCAAAGGGGUCGUCUUCAUUUUGGGACGUUGUGAAGAAGGUCCAAAAAGGUUACUCAACUAAAACGAACGAUCCGAAAAGAUUUUCGAGUUUAGUUUUCUCCAAAGCGAUCUAGAGGAGGUUUCGUUUUUGAUCAAUGAAGACGAUUUAGAGAAGCAGGUAAACUUUCAUUCACAAAUGUAAUUUGGGGUCAUUUUCUGCUUUUUUUUAGGGCAAAUUUACUGUUCAAUCCAACGAUCGGAAAUAAAAAUAAACAAAUUAGAAAUCACAGAGAAAUUUCCGAAAGAAUCAUUUAUCGUGGUGUUCCGGUCAUGGCGGUUGUUGAGAAUGCUGGUGUCGAUAUGGGGAUUAAUGUUGGUUCUUCAAGCCGGAAUUUCGAAGCUGCCGUUCCGGAUUCGCACGUUUCCAACGAUCUGGAUCAACCGAAGCAGAAUCAUUUAGUCGCGAGAAUGACCGAUCCUACUUUACAGCAAGACAACAAUAAUAACUCAGUUUUACGGCCCCAUGAUCAACCAUACCACAUGAAGGUUCAUUCCUUUCAGCAGCAGCAGCAGUCGCAGCACAGGGGGGCAGCUCCCGUGGCGCAUGUUAGCAACCACAAGCCUCAGCUGUCACAGGUUCGGCACAACCCUGACCAUGUGCCGAAGAACGCUGUGCAAAAUGUGCAGGGGGGAGCGACGCCGCCGCAGCAUGGUGCACCGGGAAAGUCUGGGUUUGUGCAGGCACAUCAGCGAUCAAAUGGUGUCGAUUUGCAGAGGAAUGGGGAGGUUGAUGAGGGUUACAAGCAGGAUAUCAGGGAUUUGGAGGAGCUUCUCUCUAAGUUAAAUCCUAUGGCUGAAGAAUUCGUGCCUCCUUCCCUUGUAAACCAUGGAUCAGGCGGUGGCCUUCAUACUAACAGCUUUUUGAUGCCCAAUAACACUGUCAACGGCAAUGCCAACGGAAACGCCGGCCGCCGGAAGAAGAAUAACUACAGUCAAGGGAAGCGGAGAAUGAACAGCAGAACAAGUAUGGCGCAGCGAGAAGAGGUAAUCAGGAGGACUGUCUAUGUUUCUGAUAUUGAUCAACAGGUCACCGAAGAGCAACUUGCGGCACUCUUUAUAAACUGUGGACAGGUUGUUGACUGCCGUGUAUGCGGUGAUCCUAAUUCCGUUCUUCGUUUUGCUUUUAUUGAGUUUACUGACGAGGAGGGUGCAAGGGCUGCGUUGAGUCUGGCAGGAACUAUGCUUGGUUAUUACCCAGUGAGGGUGCUUCCCUCAAAAACUGCAAUUGCACCUGUUAACCCAACAUUUUUGCCAAGGUCUGAAGAUGAACGUGAAAUGUGCGCAAGAACUAUUUAUUGUACAAAUAUUGAUAAGAAGGUUUCUCAAGCAGAUGUCAAACUCUUUUUUGAAUCAAUUUGUGGAGAGGUUUAUCGCUUGAGACUGCUGGGUGACUAUCAUCAUUCUACCCGUAUUGCUUUUGUCGAGUUUGUAUUGGCUGAAAGUGCAAUUGCUGCCCUUAACUGUAGCGGUGUAGUGUUGGGAUCUUUGCCGAUAAGGGUAAGCCCUUCAAAGACACCAGUUCGGCCUCGUGCUCCUCGCCCACCGAUGCAUUGAAUCAUCUGGAAGGUGUCCAGUCUGAUUGUCGUUGCUAUAUAAAAAUCUCAAUAUACAUACCGAUACUGAUACUGGCCUCGCUAUUUAAUUUAUAGUUUUGUCCUCGGCAUCUUAGUUUGGGGUUUUUGUUAUCCAUAGGGGGUUUGUUAAAGGAUUGUUGAUUUUAGUAUGUAGAAUUGGAUGGAACUUCGAGGCUUUUAAAUAGUUUUUAUCUAUCAGUGCACUCUUUAAGAUGACCAGCUGUAGGGGAUGACCAGAAAAAUGAAUACUCCAGUAAUGUUUCUAACCAACUCUUUUAAAUGCACUGCGGCAUAGUUCUAGUA